AUGGUCUCGGCCACCUCCGAAUCUCUUUCUGAACUCCCCGCUCAGAUUACCGCCCCCGCAGUCAUUGCCCCAAUGGACGCCCUCGUCGUCGACGACCGCACCCCGACCAUGAUCAAGGGCCGCUGGACCAUGAUGCCUUACGAAGAGCUCAAGAAGCGUGACGACGACAGCGCAACAGCGACUGCGACCCAGACGGUCAAGGCAACGGACGACCCGACCACCUUGACUCUUUCAGUUACCGUUCCUGCUGCGACCGUCGAGGCUGCGUCGCCUCUGCCAUCUCCCUUCGACACCAGCUUGGCCUUCAACUUCACCAGCAACGACGGCGCCUCUUGCCCCCGCUUCAUCAACGAAGUCCUCACCAACUCCAACUUUAAGAAGUGCUACCCGCUCUCUAUGCUUCUUCAGGGUUCGAGGUCCUUCUUCGAGGCUGAGAAGAAGCUCUUGAGCAUUGUCAAGGUACUCGACGCCACCUGCAGUGCGGAUGUCGACUUCUGCACCACGUACUUGAACGGCGUGGCCAGCAACCUGACUCUGGCCGCCAACUGCGGAUCGGACUAUGAAGCCGGCAACCCCAUCGUCAUGCAAGCCUACCUCGGCAUGAAGUCGUAUGAGAUGCUAUACAAGGCCACCUGUCUCACUGACCCCGACACGUCCAUGUACUGCUUCGCCAACGCCGUCACCAACCUGACCACGCCUUCGAAUGUCUACUUCUACUACCUCCCUCUCAACAUGACUCUCCCCGGCAGCGCCAACCCUACUUGCGGCUCGUGUCUCAGACGGACCAUGGAAAUCUACCAGACGUACACGUCCAAUCGGAGGCUCCCUAUUUCGUAUACGUACGAGGAUGCCGCCAGCCAAGUCAACACCAUCUGUGGCCCCGAAUACGUCAAUAUCACGCUGCUAGCGGCCGUCAGCAAAGCGGGGUUGUCAAUGCCGUCAUGGGCCCUGUCGACAGCAGCAAUCGUGCUGGCGAUGGCGUUCAACUUCUGGUAG